GUUUCCUGCUGCGAAGGUUAGACCGUCGCCUGCAUUUCGUACAACCGGUGUUUAAAAAAAGUGAACUGGUUUUGUUAUAAUGUAUUUCUCUUGGCUCCGUUUAUUUUAAAAUGUCGAUAACGUUCAAAUAUGUCUCAAUAUUGGUUUGGCUCUGUUAUAUCCUCAUAUCGGCUUUGAUACUGUUCACGAGGGGUUUCCUUCUGAACCGAAAUAUACUUCCAGACAAGUCCAGUUGUGAGAAAAGUCUUUUUGUCGAGGACCUAGGUAAGGGUGGCUUUAAUUUUAACCUAUCGACCACCUACUGUUUGGGAAAUCGAGAUUUGAAAGCAAUAGUCGUAUUAAUCGACGCUCUGAGAUAUGACUUCGUCAAGUCCCCUGGAGGUGAAAGGGACGAAGUUGGAUUUCUUCCAUACCGCAAUAAGAUGAAGUCCAUCAACGAAGCGAUUGACGGAUCGAAAGGCGUCCUGUAUAAAUUUAUCGCUGAUCCUCCAACGACGACCCUCCAGCGGAUCAACGCCUUGACGACCGGCAGCCUGCCCACGUUCAUAGACAUCGGGUCCAACUUCGCCUCAGGAGAGAUAAACGAGGACAACAUCAUAGACGGUGCGUUGUCCAGAAACAAAAAUGUCGUCUUCAUGGGAGACGAUACGUGGGUCAACGUAUACCCGAACAGGUUCCUACGCCAGUACGCUUAUCCGUCUUUCAACGUCUGGGACCUCGACACUGUUGAUACGGGCGUCGAAGAACACCUCGGAUCCGAAAUAAACAAGAAAGACUGGGAUCUGAUCAUCGCUCACUUCCUCGGCGUUGAUCACUGUGGGCACAAGUACGGACCGAACCAUCCCGAAAUGGAAAGGAAACUUGUCCAAAUGGAUAAUGCCAUUAGAUCUGUCAUGGAGAUGAUGGACGAUAAAACCGUCCUUUUUGUAAUUGGUGACCAUGGCAUGACAGAAAGUGGUGAUCAUGGAGGUGAUAGCGAACUUGAAAUCACAUCAGCAUUGUUUGUAUUUUCAAAACAUAAGCACAUAUUAUCCAGGUUUAUUGAACUGGAUGAAAUCCCCCAGAUAGAUUUCGUUCCUACUUUUGCCCAACUAUUGGGCAUUCCUAUUCCUUUCUCCAACUUGGGAACGUCACUUUUAUCAUCAUCUCUUUUGACCAAAAAUAGUACAAAUAAUGUCAAUUCUCGGAAGAAUCCUUCAGUACUCAGUAUAUGGGCCAAUGUUGUUCAAGUUACAAAAUAUAUGAAUCAGCUUGCAUCGGUUCAUAAGACAUUCGACGAUGCUGUGAUGCAGGAUUUAAAAGAACGUUAUAAACGUGUCAAGUCGCAGAUGUUGGGAGACGAUAAUCAAAAUUUUAACUUUGAAACGUUUAUGAAAGAUGCAAGGGAAUACUUAGAAAUAACGCAAACGAUGUGUCGCCAUGAGUGGGUUCAAUUCGACACCUUUUCUAUGACCAGGGGACUUGUGUCAAUGUUCUUGACCUUGUCGUUGUUUUUCAUAACUUCCGAUGGCAUUUCAGACAUAGACUUGGUUUACAUUAUCAAAGGAAAUUUUGUUUGGAUCUGUUUAAUGUCGACGCUUAUUUCUAAUUUAAUUUCACUCCCUCUUUAUUAUUACUCUUUUGUGUCGAAUUUGGAGUUGACGUUGUAUUUUUCCACUUGUUUGUCAUGUAUUGUCGUACUUGCAUUGGUUGUUAUUAUAAACUGGAGUUCUAUAACCGAUAAAUGGUACAAGUCAAGCAAGGUCAAAGAACCUUUGAAUAUCAUAUCUCGGUUGAUUAUGUUAGUCGGAUCUUUCGCUAUGUUUUCAAAUAGCUACAUUAUAGAUGAAAAUUAUGUCGCACCGUAUCUGCUUAUUACUAUUAUUUGGAUAUCUAUUUUUGACACAAAAAUUAACAAUGUCAAGAAGAUUAUUGGCAAACAAAUAGAAAACAUGAAUUUCAAGUUUUCUUCCCAAUCUUUUGAAGUGAGGAUAAUAGUAUUAACUGUCCUUCUAAACAUUUUAAUACGGGUUUCUUAUUACUACUGGCAUUGUAGAGAGGAACAGGCGAGAUAUUGUACAAUGGAAAAGAAAGCGUCAAAAACACUUCUGUGUGUUUUGACGAUAUUGUCGUUCUCUCUGUUCACAGCAGUUACUCGAAUGUGCCUACGUAACAUUGGCAAUUUAGUCGGAUGGUCUCCGCCGAUAUUUAUUUCUCGUUAUUUUCCUUCAAUCAGUAUUGUUUGUUGUGGUUGUUAUUGGUUGCUGAAUUCGUUGCCUCACAAGAUUAAACCCAAACUCUUUUUGCCAUGGCAGUUGCAACUUUUCCCACAGAUAGUAUUUUUCACGUCUGUUUUAGCGUUGAUUAUCCUUUUUAUUUCUCCCCUUUGCAUAUUUUCAACGUCGAACAAACACCAAUUUACUCAAGGCGACAUGAUCCCUACGCUGUUUAACAAACUGAAAAAUAUAAUGAUGCCUGGGCAGAAUGAAGAUUAUCCCGUCGUCUACGGUCUCGCAACAGUCUAUAGCGCCACAUUUGUCAACAUAUCUGUGUUCAUCGGUCUUAUGUCAGCGAUUCUUUUAGGAGAAACACUUGCUAUCGUAACUGUAAUAAUGAUUCUGAGUCUUGUUUUGUUGUCAGUAAUUAUGGCGAUUAUGAAACUGGAAAAGUCUAAAAAUAUAGGGAAUUUGAUAGCUGUACCCUGGUGGUCUGUACUUUGUUGGAGUUUAUCUAGCGUUCAUUUCUUUUAUGCUACCGGACAUCAGGCAUCAUUCCCUUCGAUACAUUGGAAUUCGGCUGGGAUUUUUGGAGACAUAACCUCGACAGUCGUUCCUGGAAUUUUAGUAACUCUGAACACCUUUAUAUCCCAAAUAAUUCACGCACUGUUGCUUCCAAUGUUGAUCAUCGCACCGUUUACAAUGAUAGCCAUUUGGCCGAAAUUGGCUUCUGGAAACGAAGACUUGAAGAAAGGGGAACUUCUCAUUUAUGAAUUUGAAGAAAUAAGAAAACAAGAACUCUUCAGUCUUACAUCAAAGUACAUAUUAUUACAAGCAUUUCGAGUAUUUAUAUGCAUGUUUUCUGCCUGCAUACAUUCACGGCAUUUGAUGGUCUGGAAGAUCUUCGCUCCUAAAUUGAUAUUCGAAGCCAUCGGAUUUAUUGUCUCGUUACCAUUUUUAUUUUUAGGAUAUUUAUUCGUAGAAAGGAUUUCAUCAAAAAUAUUUCUCCUCAUGGAAACAUUGAGCCAUGCUAAUUAAAAUUUUCAAAAGUAGUGAGAUGUUUCAAUUUUUUUUUAAUGCAAGUUAUAUAUAAAUAAACAAAAUUAUUUAUACAUUUGUCACAUUUUUAACGAUGAUGUAAUAAUUAUAAUUACAAUUUAUAACAAAUAGACCGAAGGAAAUUUUUGUUGCUUGUAGGCUUUUAGACACUAACUUAUUCUCAAUUCAACUCUAUACAACCUAAUUUAAAAGUAGUUGGUGCUAUAUGAUCAUACAUAUUUAUAGUACAAACUAGUCUAUUUUGUAAAGUAUUUUUUACUAGUUAAAGUAGUCGUUAGAUUCGUCUGAAUGUCUUAACUUAAAUAAAAAGGGGAUUUUUUCAUAGUGGAACGCAUUUAUGUUUUUUAAACAGAAUAGUUUUCCCCCUUUAAAAUUGUUAUAUGUCAUCUUUGUUGUUUAUUUAAAAAA